GGCCGCCACUACACAUCGAACGUAGAUUUCCUGCUGCGUCCCUAAGAGAUGACGUCAUAGGAAGCGCUCCUCACAUGCUUGCUGCUGUUCUGCAUUGAAUCCCAUUGAUGGUGAUUGCUGUCAGUGUUUGAAAGCCAUACAGGUUUUUUCAGGUACAGUUAUCGCGGUGGCACAAAUGAACAUGACAUGCAGAGAACACUAUGCUCUUAAUGAAGAGAAUGUUCAACCAGAUAGAGAACAAUUGCAUGAUGAAACUAAUAAUGCAAACUGUAUGCUGGAGCAUGGGGAACCAUUAUUAGAAAUCCUUACCACUCUUCAAAUUGAUUCAGAUGGUGACUGCUCUUCUUCAUCCACAAAGGAAAAUGGCAUCUGGUGCUCAGUAAGUACUUAUUAAGGAUGGGAUGGGAGGUCCAAAACAUUGCAUCCUGGAUUAUCUAUAAGUGGUCUGAUUCCCCUGCUGACAGGUCUCUAGUUUGCUAUGAACUGAUAAUCAACUUACUGUGUUCAGUGGGAUCUCAAACAAAAGCAAGAGACGCACAUACUAUUUAAUAUGUAAAAUAGACCUUUCCACAAAAGCAGCAUGUGAUAUAGAAUAGUCUGAAAAUACAGUCCUAUUACUAUAUACUAUUAGGUGGUGGCCUUGUAGUGUCUGUCUUUUUUAUCGACAAAUUGAAAUAAAGCAUAAUAAAAUUUCAGUAAUGUUCAACAAAUAAAAUGAAUAAACUAUUCUCACUAAUAUCAGCCAGUAGAUUGUCUGUACUGUAGAUAUAAAUUGACUCUGUAGUCCUAAUCAAACAUAUGACCUAUCAUAUGUAGUUUAUAUAAUUCUGUUGUAUAGUGAAAGCACCAUAAGUUGUUUGCCUUUUACAGGACAGGUAGCUAGGUCUGUUAUGUUACUUACAAUUUCCCUUCAGUUUAUCACUUUUCCAAAUCUGAGAAACUGAUAGCUUUUUAAAUUUUUGUAAUUAUUUUUUUUCUCCUUUUUUAUUCUUUAAAAUUGUUUGCUUAUUGUAUCUAUUUCUUUAAAAUAUUGCUAAUCUGACCAUUGUAAAAGCCAACUUUCUUUGAGGGAUGGUGGGGGUGGAAAUGUAUUUUCAUGUUUGACCUCCAGAACUUCACAUAAUGGUUCAGUAUUGCAAUUGUAUUUAUGACUACUGAAAUAAUAGCCAGGCUUUACUUAUUUACUUCUGCUGAUUAAUCUCCUUUACAUUACGUUCGCUAGUUAAACUGGCAUUGUCCGCACUUUUUCAGAAAGUGUAAUGAAAGCAGAAACCUGAUUGCAAAUACACUUGUUUAUUUUUUCAGAAAAAUGUUUUAAGAAAAAAAAGACAUUGGGAGAAAAUAGUUGCAGCAAAAAAGAGCAAGAGGAAGUUGGAGAAGGAGAAAAAAAAAGCUAAACAAGCUGAAAAUGCAAAUGCAGGUAUUUUGUAUUUAAGAGGCAUUUUUCUUUUUUGCAUUUGGUUAUUUUUUUUAAUUUUUUUUUAUUCUCCCUCUCGAAUCCCCAAAGUGACAUGUCUAUUACUUGGUAUACUUAUGGUGCAGGGGAGUAGUAAAAGAAGAAUACUCCCUGUCAUGUCAGUCAUCUGUUCCAGAGAGCUUCACCUGCCAGGAACAUGUGUCACUGCCCACUCGAUCUGUCAUACAUUAUCUAAUGCUUGCACAAAAAGAUGCCUGUUCCCAUUGGGCAGUGUCAGUGACAAAUGUUGUGAAAGAGCAGAAUGUCAAUGCGAAGAUUCACCCAUAGUUCCUUGUCAAAGUCAAAUGUUGGCAACGUUUAGAAAAGAAGUGUAUAAUUUAUUUCAUAUAUAUCUUACUGUGAAUGGACUUUUCUUUUUUUUUUUUUUUUUUUAUGAAAUGAAAAGUGAUGGCUUUAAAACUUUUAGUUGGCUUAGUGAUUUUAGUAAUGUUUGAUUUGUUUUCUUAGGAACCAAUCCUCAGCAGCACAGCAAACGGUUUUUGAAAGCCAUAACUAAGGAACGUGUCUUGGGAGCCAAGGAUACAGGUCCAAGACUUUGUGUGGACUUAAGCAUGACCAUGCACAUGAGCAGAAAGGUACAACACAAGCCACUGACUGUCGGUGCAUAAUCCAUUUCUGUUAUGACAUUCUAUGUGGAAGUUUUUAUAUGCAAAGUUAAUAUUUUAUGGAUAAGUGGCUUUAUAACUCUUCUGUUAUAAAGAUAUAAGCCUUUUGCUGUUCAGCUAUCGACAUUAAUUUACAUUUCAUGAUAAUUGCUGAGCAAGAUGUGAGCUUUCUAAUUACUAUUGCCAAAUAUGCAGUUCAUUUGUUUGGUUUAUUGUAUCUAAAGUUUAAACAGUAAUUUUAUUUUGUAUGGUAAUGUAGAAUAUAUUCAAAACUACAUGUGAUGGAACUUUAACAGUAUCAAUACUAUUCACAUCACAUCUCUUCCUGAUUAAUUUAUGAAAUCAAACAACACAAAACAUAACAAUUAAAACCACAAAGAGCAAACUGAUCAUUUAAUCCAGGCUUCCCCAAACUCCGGCCCUCCAGAUGUUGCUGAACUACAACUCCCAUGAUUCCCAGCCUAUCUAUUUCAUUCAUAGAAUCAUGAGAGUUGUAGUUUAGUAACAGCUGGAGGGCCGGAGUUUGGGGAAGCCUGAUUUUAAUCAGUAGCUGAUUUGUAAUUUGAAGACUACAAGGUUUUGUGUGUCUUAGUACACUCUCCACUCAACAAUAUCUGCAAGACAUGUGAAAUAAAUGUUUUAUUAAAAAUCGUAUGCGAUCUGAUCAGCCAUUGGUGUAUGAUAUAUAUAUAUAUAUAUAUAUAUAGUAAUCUGUGUAUAUCUGCUUAUAUAAAAGUUGUUUGAGGGAUAGGUAUAUCUUACCAUACAUAUGGGAGACAUGAAGUAUAAAUAGUGGCCCAUUAAACAGACAGUUUUAUAUUUUGGAUUAAUAUUACUAAUUUUAUUUUUAUUCAUCCUGUGAUUUUAUUAAGCAUAGUGGAAUAAUCUUUUGGGUGUUCUCUCUGUAGACUGACUGUAAAAGGCUUCUACCAUGUUAUACCUCCAUGCUUAAUUUUGUCAGCAUUUAUUUUGGAUAUAUUAAAUUAAAAUCAUCAUUAGCAAAUAUUAGUCCUGCAUGUAUAUACCACCUAUAAUUAGGCCCAAUUAUCUGUGGUAUCCUAGGUAUGUUUUGACACGCUUCACUGGCUUCCUCCUAAACAUACAAGAAGAAGAAGAAAUGUCAGUCAACCUUUUUUACUUAAACGUCUGCUCAUAUAUAUCUAUAAGUCUAGGGAAAGAUUUUGCACCAGAAUUCCUUUUUAAGGGAUACUCUAAGCACCAGAGCCAUUGCAGCUUAAUGUAGUUUAUUCUUGGGCAAAAAGACUGGCUUUUCUGAGACUCAGGCAGCCACUAGAGGGCCUUUCUUGUUGCUGUCCUGCAAAGUUGGCAGAACCAAUGUUCAUCUCCACGCUCUGUAUGGAGAUGCUAAACGCUCCCCCUAGAGAUGCAUUAAUUCAAAGUAUAUCUAUGAGGAGAUGCUGAUUGGCCCAGAGAUUGCUGAAAAUGUGCACUAUUCCCCCUGCCCACCUUAAAAAAAAAAAAAAAAAAAAAAUUAUUCCCUGUGGAGAAACAUUGGAUUGACUGCAAUCAUCAGUUUUGAUUAACUCAGCCAGAGGAAGAGUGGCCACAUGGUUGUACCAUAGCUUUGGGGUCGAUAUCUAUCUAACUAGCUAGUAUUACACUCUAGCGUUAGGAAUACAAGUUUUGUAUUCUGAACGGUAGUGUUUCUUUAAUUGUUUGAUUGCCAGGUAGAUCAGUUAAGGAUUAUAUUUGCAUUUUACUUAAGUCUGUUAUGUCUCAUUGAUUUUUAGAAUGAACUAUCCAUGUGUGAUGCUUUGCAGUUUUUUGCUUUGUUAUUUUUUUGUUGAUUUUUUUGUAAUUUAAGUUUCUUCCUGUAAUGUAGGAAAUAAGUCGGCUUGCAGCUCAAAUUAGAAGGCUCUACGGGUCAAACAAGAAAGCUGCAAAACCAUUUUGGCUUUACCUGACAGGUUUUGUAGAACACAGUCUUUUAUAUGAUGAAUGUGUGCGAAUGAAUGACGGCUUUAUCAAUUACCUUGUAAGUUGAGCUUCUUACAUAGUACAUUUGAAUCGUAAUCCCUAUGUUUCUUGUGCCUUGAAGGGCCAGUGACGUGCCAUAUCCUAAUUCACAUAUUAUAUUCUAAGUACCAUAACUUGCUUAACUUUUAUGGUGCAAAGAGUCUACAGGCCCUGUACACUUUUUAGGCUGUUUAACAAAAAUCAGUUCUCUCAUAGUGCCUAUAUCCCAGCCCCUCAUACAUUACUCUGCUGAAGUGCAAAUUCACUUUUCCAUAGCAAUCAAAUUGGGGAUAGCAAUAAAAGCACUUGGGUAACUUUCCUUCCGACUUAUCAUUGUUAUGUAAAGUUGGCAGAGUUAAUGCGCAAGUCCAUUUCUACAGCCAAAAAGUGGUCAGAUCGUAGGCUCCAGAAGAGCCCCGUUUUUUGUUAAAGUGCAAGGGUAUUGCUCAAAAACGUUGCACCAUAAAUGCUACAAUGUGCUUAGUGCCCCUAUAUAUUGCACACUAGGGUAGAACACUCUCCUGUUACUUACUGAUGCUACAUAAAUGUGGCAGAGGACUAGCACUGUUAAUUGCUUAAAUCCAUGUUUUUUAGUUUUGUUUUUUUUUUUCAAACACUAUUUUUGGUUGUAGUGAGCCAUACAUGCCUGGUCCCCCACGCCAAGGCCAAAUUCUCUCUGCAGCUCAAUCCUUCUUCUGGUGAUGUCAGUCCUCCUUAGUGUAAGGGGAGGGGUGUCCAGAAGGCAGGACUGAUGGGUGGAUUUGAAGGGGGUGUGCUGCUAUUGGUUGCCUGUCCCCAGUAUGCUGUGUGUGCUGACGACAGACUACCACCGUGCACAUAAUUAACAUUAGCCAGACUCUAACUAUGCGAUGUUGCCAGAGGUGAAAUUACACCUCUGGCAUCAAAUGGCUGUAACUCUCCAUUUGCAGUGCUCCUUACUGAAAUGUUGAAAAUACAGACUCCAAUCACCACUUCAAAUUAUUGGUAUUGUCAUGGUAGCUUGGAAUUGUGAUAACUGCAUUGAGGACUUGCCUUGAAACUAUUGCUAUUUUCUGCAUGACUAGACUGCUUACUUUUGGUAGAUUGUAUUAUACAUAGUAAUGCAUGUGUCCAUUCUUUCCCCUAAGAUUAAUAAAACAGAAAAUUGUUUUCUUGACGUAUUCCCAUUAGAGAAAAUAAUCUACCUCACGCCAGAUGCAGACAAUGGUAAGUACAUAAUUUCUGCAUCUUUUUUUCUAAUAUAUAGUAGAAACAUAGAAAUAUAGAAUGUGACGGCAGAUAAGAACCAUUCGGCCAAUCUAAUCUGCCCAAUUUUUUAAAAUACUUUCAUUAGUUCCUGGCCUUAUCUUAACGUUAGGAUAGCCUUAAGCAUAAACCACGCAUGCUUAAACUCCUUUACUGUGUUAACCUCUACCACUUCAGCUGGAAGGCUAUUCCAUGAAUCCACUACCCUCUCAGUAAAGUAAUACUUCCAGAUAUUAUUUUUAAACCUUUGCACCUCUAAUUUAAGACUAUGUCCUCUUGUAGUGGUAGUUUUUCUUCUUUUAAAUAUAGUCUCCUCCUUUACUGUGCUGAUUCCCUUUAUGUAUUUAAAUGUUUCUAUCAUAUCCCCCCUGUGUCGUCUUUCCUCCAAGCUAUACAUGUUAAUAUCCUUUAACCUUUCCUUGUAAGUUUUUAUCCUGCAAUCCAUGAACCAGUUUAGUAGCCCUUCUCUGAACUCUCUCUAAAGUAUCAAUAUCCUUCUGGAGUUAUGGUCUCCAGUACUGCGUACAAUACUCCAAGUGAGGUCUCACCAUUGUUCUGUACAAUGGCAUGAGCGCUUCCCUCUUUCUACUGCUAAUACCUCUCCUUAUACAACCAAGCAUUCUGCUAGCAUUUCCUGCUGCUCUAUUACAUUAUCUGCCUACCUUUAAGUCAUCAGAAAUAAUCACUCCUAAAUCCCUUUCUUCAGAUGUUGAGGUUAGGACUCUAUCAAAUAGUCUGUACUCUGCCCUUGGGUUUUUACGUCCAAGAUGCAUUAUCUUGCACUUACCCACAUUAAAUGUCAGCUGCCACAGCUCUGACCAUUUUUCAAGUUUACCUAAAUCAUUUGCCAUUUGGCUUAUCCCUCCUGGAACAUCAACCCUGUUACAUAUCUUAGUAUCAUCAGCAAAAAGACAUACCUUACCAUCAAGACCUUCUGCAAUAUAACUAAUAAAAAUAUUAAAGAGAAUGGGUCCAAGUACAGAUCCCUGAGUAACCCCACUGGUGACAAGCCCAUGCUUCGAAUAUACUCCAUUGACUACAACCCUCUGUUGCCUGUCACUCAGCCACUGCCUUACCCAUUCAACAAUAUUGGAAUCCAAACUUAAAGAUUGCAGUUUAUUGAUAAGCCUUCUAUGUGCAACAGUAUCAAAAGCCUUACUGAUGUGUGUGCAAAUUCCAAUCCACUUUAUUAGGAAUCACAGGAUACACAAAUGUUUUAGUCCAAUACGCUGACCCUUUUUCAAGCAUUAAAGGGACACUAUAUCACCAGAACACCAGAACAACUACAGCGUAAUGUAGUUGUUCUGAUGAGUAUAAUAGAGAAAAUGCCCUGUAGGCAUUUUCAUGCAAAUGCUGCCUUUUUUUGUGACACCUCCAAGUGGCCACUCCUCAGAUGGCCACACUGUGCAGCACUGCCAUUCAGCGUCUCCACGCUCUGCAUGGAGACAUUGAAUUUUCCUCCUAGAUAUGCAUCUCUAUGAGGAGGUGCUGAUUGGCCAUGCCAGCAUUUGGCCCUGCCUCCUUGCUGAUUACAGCAAAUCCAAUGCUUUCUUGAUCGAAAAGUGUUGGAUUGGCUAAAAAUCAUAAAUUCUGAUGUCCGCAAGGAGGCGGAUUGUGGGCAUUGCCAGCGCUGGUGGACCCGCGCUGCAUUGGAAAUAAGGUAAGUUUUAACCCCUUUUAAGGGGGAGGCAAACGACCUAAAUGUUAGUUUUAACACUAUAGUGUCAGGAAUACAUGUUUGUGUUCCUGAUCCUAUAGUGUUCCUUUAAAUAUAAAUUAAGGUUAUUGUACUGGGCUAAAACAUUGCAGUGACGUUGCAAGGUAAUGUUGCAAGUUAAAAUCACUUUUGGUUAAGUGUGCAUAUUCGGCAAGGGUUGGGGGGCUCUGACCACAGUUCAACGUGUAAGAUUGUUCUCACUUUUACAGGGUUAUUCACUAAAGUGAGAAUUCUUGGGAAUUCAAAGUGUUUAAUAAAUUCUUCACUAACAUAAUUAAACUGGAAGCAUAGCUGACUUAAAGGGACACUCCAGAAUCCUAAAGAAAUUCAACUUGCUCAAGUACUUUAGUUUGAAGAGUGUGUCUGUUUUUUUUUUUUUUUUGUGUUUUUUUCCCAUUUUAUUUUAUUUUAGUCAUUUUAUAAAAAGUGCAAAUUUUAGAAGAAAUUAAUACUUUUCUAAAUGAAACUUGUUAUAACCCCCACUGGCUGUCAGUCGGUUACUUCCUGGCUGUUUAGCUUAGUGUAGCUAAACGCAAGAGGCAGGUAAUUGCUAAGAGAACUUGACUUGUAAACAGUGGUGAAACAUGUGGAGUUGAAAAGGUCGUGAGUGCCCAAGAGACGGCCAGCCAUCUUAGGUCGGCACAAGGACAGCCCAGCGCUAAGCAGAGUUAGUUCUAGGUCUAUAUGUACAUGGCAAGAGGUGCUGUAGACAAGCAGCAAGGGAGCUCUUAUCUUUGUGCUCUUCAUGCACAGCUCCCUUGCCUGUCCUGUGGUAGUGCCAGGAUUUUGCAAGCUGUUUUUAGAUACUCCAAUGAAAAAGUGCAUAAUUAAAUAUAUAAAUGUUUUAUUGGUUGUUAUAUCUACUAACAGUUUUUUGGUGUUUAAUUUGGAAAGUGGAGUAUCCCAUUAGAUUUGUAAUUCCUGUUUUCCUGGCACUGCAGAACCCUGCAGUGUCCCUCUCCCUCCCACCCCCCAUCCCAUGUUGCUGAAGGGGUUGAAACACCUUCAGUGACUUACCUGAAUCCACCGCCGAUGUCCCUCUGCGCUGGGUCAGGCUCCGCCCACAUUCACAUGGAGACUUAAUGUGCAUGCGCGGCAAUGGCUGUGCACGUGCAUUAGACCUCCCCAUAAGAAAGCUUUCCUAUGGGGUUUCCAGCGAUGCUGGAGGUCCUCAUGCAUAGCGUGAGGAUGUCCAGUGUAGUUUAAAACACUUUUCGUGUUCUAAGAACACAGAAGUCUUUUUUAGUGGCUGUCUGGAGGAGGAUUUAACCCUGCAAGGUAAUUAUUGCAGUAUAUAAAAACUGCAAUAAUUACACUUGCAGGGUUAAGGGUUGGUGGGAGUUAGCACCCAGACCACACCAAUGGGCACAAGUGGUCUGGGUGACUGGAGUGUCCCUUUAAGUUCACGUGUAGUUCCUGACAAUUCUCAGUUAAGUAAAUAACCCUAAUGUUUAGUUGCAGAGUUUUUGUGAUCCAUAGUGUCAACUCACACUGUAAACGACCGUUGCCAUAUAUUGCAGAGAAUAUGACCUUUUGGUAAAUAUAAUUGCUUCAGUGUUCAAACUGUGGCUGUAAUAAAUUUAUAUUUGAAGGCAUACACUUGUCAGACUUGGAAAAAGGUCUUAAAGCUGUUUUACUGUAAUUUUUAAGCAAAAUCACAGGUCAGUGUUUCAGUUCUUGUAUCAGACUUUUAGUAUUUACAGAUGAUAGGCUGACCUGCAAGUCAAUGUUUUCUCCCUUUUUGUCACAGCUCUUAAAGAUAUUGACCCUCAGAAGGUUUAUGUGCUUGGUGGAUUGGUGGAUGAAAGUAUACAGAAGGUGAAUAUAAAAAUUUACAUUUUGCACAAUGUUACAUUACCAUUUUUGUUUUUCAGAUAUAUUUCAUUUAUUGGCUUUCUUAUUUACAUUUAAUUGAGGGUAGAAUUGAUUGCCAUACUCAAUUUCUUAUGUUUAGAUAAAGCUGCUCAGCUCCGUUCUAAUCUAUUACCCAGAGACAGUUUAACAAAGUAUAAUCCUUCAAAAUAUGAUGAUUUUGGAAGAUAAUACCCCUCGGCAGCCUACCCGGACCAUUGAGGCUGUUAAACUUGUAAACAUUGUGCUAAUCCUGUCAAUAUCUGCAACUUAAUUUGUUUCUUUGCUCUUGAGGUUUGAUAGACCUCACUGGCAGAGCUCAAAAUGUCUUAUUUUUUUUUUUUUAUUAAUCUGCAAUUUCAUUAAUGGAUAGUACUGUAUUGUAUUGCCAAAAACAAAAUGCAGGGAACAAAUUUAAAACCAGACCUAAACCAGGAAUUUGUGGAUAUAGUUUAUGCAAAGAAAUGCAAAAUCUUUGAGCUAUUUUAGCCUAAAUUUGCAGUUCAUCUGUGCCCAAAUUGUCAACUGGUCUCAGUGCUGUAAUUUAAGUAGUCAACUUGUGCUAAUGUUGAGUACUAUAAAGAGGUUUUGUGUAACCUGUGAAGCGGUGUUUAGGAAAUGUAGUUAGUGGGCAGCCUCUAACUAUUUUUCAUAAUGUAAAGAGACAGAUUCCCUUUAAAAUAUUAUUGUAGUGGUUAUGGUGCCAGAAGUGCACCGGGGCCUCCCCUCAUGAAAGUACUCAAAUUGCAAUUUUGACUUAUUAUCUAGGGGUUUGCCGAGUGAGUAAUUUUUCCUGCCUCCUCUCAGGCAGAAGUUCCUGCUAGUUGCUUCCAUUAGCUCUGAGUCAAGACCUACAGUGCAGGAUCUGAUCAUCAGCUGGUCACUCGCAGCAAUAAGCUAAGCUCUGCACUUCUGGGAUUAACUCCAUUAUAAAAGCUUCUGACUGAGGAAAAGCAGAGAAUGGCAGCCCUAGGUAAAAAGUCAAAUUGUUACUAUAUGGGGGCACAAGGACACUCCUGGCACCAUAACCACAACAGUACUGUUAUGUAAGUGUAAUGUUUGACAGGUUUAACAGGUUUUGUUGUUUCUCCUAUAGAAAUUGACAUAUCAUAAAGCUAGAGAAAAUGGCUUGCAGACUGCCCGACUGCCAAUACCAGAAUAUAUGGUUAAGAACGUUAAUCUGAAAAACUUCCAUUCUGAGAUACUAGCAAUCAAUCAAGGUAAAAUUUGUGUUUGCACUCUUUGUAAUAGGUUGCAAAGAGCAUUUAAACUACUUUAGAAAUGUGCUUUAUUAAUAAAGAGCACAGUUAUAAACAAAUGUGUAUUUGUGAUAAUAAUCAUGAUUUUGAGUAACCAGAGAACGUAUACUGUUAAUGGGGUAGCUAAGAUUAGAUCUCUAGCAUCUGCUGAAUUCAGUCGUUUGAUCCUUAGGUAUUAAAGGCUAUUGUAGAAGUACAGUUAGAUGGCCAUCUUAAAGGGACACUAUAGUAAGCAGAACAACUACAGCUUAACGUAGCUGUUCUGGUGUGUAUAGCAUGUCCCUGCAGGCAUUUUAAUGUAAACAUAAAAAAAUGCAAGAACACAAUAAUCGGAUAACUCCCCUAAAAAGAAGGGGGGACUCCCAAUUAAUCUGGUAAUGAUGGUAAAAGGAACGCCAACUGAUACAAAAAUAUACCUAUAAAUUGUCAGAAAAAAGGUAAUAACUACAGGGAAAGCAUAUAUUGAUAUUAGAGACACUGAAUAAACAUGUAUCCUAACAUAAACAGUGACACACUGCAACUUUAUUAACUAUACUGUAGAAAAGAUACAAUGUAUCAGUGUCUCCAAAAAGCUUAUAACCCUAACAUCCUAUGUGGAUCAAACUCAGUAUCCAAAUCUCAAUUAAAGCAUACUAAGUGUUAGGAAAAUGAGAUAUCACAUGGGAUGAUCCACAGAGAAAACAAAAUAAAUGUAGUACCUUAAAAUCUUAUUAUGGAUAAGUGUGCAGGGUAGUAGAGGAGACAGUAUAGCAUAGAAUAAGAAUAAAGACGAAAUAUCUGUUACUAGGUAGCUUAACCACUAUGUAGAGAAAGAUAUGAGGAAUUAGAUAUCGGUAUAGACAGUGGUUAAAGUAAUAUAAUUGAGGAAAAUCCCUUGAAAAAAACGCCACUAUUCUAAUCCGCUAUCUCCUCAUAACACCUUCGUGGGUGUUCUAUAAUAAGUAAGCUAACUAUGCGCUGUCCCCUCACACUGAUACCAUUACACUAACAAAGCUCCAUAAAAAGUUAACAUUUAAAUUAACGAAAAAAACAAAAGUGAAAGUAUAUAAAGGAUUCCCUCGUGCAUAGUGAAGUGCUCGAGUGAGUGGAGGGAAAUCCAAAAGAAAAAAACCCGAGUCUUGUACUCUGAAACGCGCGUCGGGAUUUUUCCUUUUGGAUUUCCCUCCACUCACUCGAGCACUUCACUAUGCACGAGGGAAUCCUUUAUAUACUUUCACUUUUGUUUUUUUCGUUAAUUUAAAUGUUAACUUUUUAUGGAGCUUUGUUAGUGUAAACUUAUAUAAGCAGAGACAUCUUCAAGCCUAUUGCAAGUUACCACUAGGAUGUUAAAUGACUUCUGCUUAUUCUACAUCUGCAAAGGUAUAGAGAUCAGGCAGAUUUCAUAAUGCCCUGUUAGCUAUAAUGUAUGCAUGCCACUCUAAUAAAAUGCUACACAGUUAUUUUUAGGCUGUAAACCGUUCAAAUACAACAGGCAUAUUUAAUUAAACACAUUUUCAAUUUCACAGUAUUUGAUGUGUUGGCCACAUAUCUAGAGACCCAAAGCUGGCCAGAUGCAUUGAAAGCGGGAGUUCCACCAGGAAAAGGCUUUCUUCUUCGCGAUCCUGUCAAAUAGGACAAACAUCUAAUGUGCUUAUUUUUUUCUGCUUAGAGUGUGAUGUGUUUUUACUUUAUCCUUAAGUUAUUCAACAACUGUAUUAAAACAUUCAAAAAGGAAAAAAAAUGCAUCUGUUUAAUUUCUUUCAAAUACAUAGUGCCCUGCCUUCUUUACUCUCUGCCACUUGUCUAUGAGGAAGAUUUUAACAGACAACCGGUGGUAGGUUAAGAGCGUCACCUGACACUCUUGCCUAAUCACUGGUCACCCAUUGAGAGAAACAUGCAACCCCUGAAGGUAAGAUUGCACCAAAUACUGCUAUAACAAAUUCAAUGAGCUGAAGUUAUAGGGAUUGGAGUGUUCCAUUAAGGGAAUAUAUUCAGGAAUUGGUUUUAAACAUCUUUAAUAAUUAUGGUUUUAUGAAAUAAGCAUGUUAAGGAAACUUAAAGGGACAAUGAAGUGGUGCGGGUCUAGUGAGUAGUUUUCGUCCUUGAAUCUAAAACAUUGCCAUGAGCAAGACAUACUUAUAGUGGCUGUUUUCCUGAGUUUGACUGUUAUGUGAUAUUUUACGUAAAAUGCCAAUCAUAGGAAACAUUGCAUUCAUUGCUCACCCAUCAAAAGCAUGUGAUUGGACUAGUAUUGUGCUAGUUGUGCAGGGGCUACUCCUCUCCAAUUCUAUGAAAAGCAUUGGAUUAAACGAUAACCCAACAAAGUAAUGCCAUCAUCUGACACUUAAAAGGUUAGUCUAC